UUUAGAGGAAGAAAACACAGACAGAAAUGGGGAAGCAGUGAGAGUACAAAACACACAAUCCUAUUCACUGCUGCACACAAACUCCAGACACAGAUUUCAAGAUGAAGUUUUUGCUGCUGCUAUUGAUGCUGACAGCAUGUGCUGCAAGUCCACAAGAUCUGUCAGGUAAAAUGUUCACCUUCCCUCUGCAAACCAACACAGCUCAUGUGAGGCUGGAGACAUCAAGAGAGGAUUUUAGCACUGUAACCGUCUGUCACAGGUCGUUUACAGACCUCAAAAGAGAUCACAUCCUUUUCUCUUUGGCUACACCCUCUAACACCAAUGGCUUUCUGAUUUUCUGGGACGAAACAAAUAAAGAGAUAGAGCCCCAUAUCAGGGAUAAAAAAUCUGAAUUUCGAGGGUGGGACUACAAGCCGAACAUGUGGCACUCUGUUUGCACCACAUGGGACUCUGUGUCUGGACUGGUGCAGCUGUGGUUAGAUGGACAACCUUCGAUUAGGAAAUUCAUUAGCUCUGGAUCAACCAUCAGUGGACCCACUAUAAUAAUCUUAGGACAGGAGCAGGAUUCCCACGGUGGGGGAUUUGACCUGAAGCAGUCUUUCGUUGGCAUGAUGUCUGAUGUCCACAUGUGGGACUACAUCCUUUCCCCCUGUGAGAUCCACAGCUACAUGGAUGAUCUAAACUUCACUCCAGGGAAUGUGCUCAACUGGAGGGCGCUGGAGUUCCAGAUUAUAGAGAGAGUGCUGAUAGAAGAUAAACUAAUGACCUGUCAUUAAACAAUACCAUCUAUAUCUAUAUAUAUUUACCUAUCAAGUCAUCUAAGUCAGAAAUCACAUUUUCUGUGCUUUUAUGUAUAAAUGCACAUUCUGGUCGGUAAGAAAGGCUCCACCUGAAAUCUACCAGCAGACACUGACCACAGUAUCGAUGUGAUACAGCAUGUGGAAAGCAAACAGAACAGCCUACUAACCUAACAACCGGGCACUGCCAUCACAUAGAGAUGAAAAAAUAAGUUGCUAACUGUAAUUGUUGUCUAAUUUUUAAUAAAGAAACUUGUGUUUAUCAAA